GUAAAUUGGGGGAGGAGGAAGGAAAACGGAAUGGAUUCUGGGGAAAGACGAGAAAGAAUGAAUGGUUUCCAAGGAUGAAGGAGGGAAAAAGAGUUAAUGUAAACAGAAAAUUAGAAGAGGGAUUUUUUGGUACCAUCAUAACUGAAUGGCUUGUUCUAGGAUCCCCUACUGGAAUGAUCUGGGUGUGUAAAGAAGCGGAGAAGUGAAGGAUGAGGGCCCGGUGGGCCACUCUAGGCCGGCCUCCAAACCUCUGAUCCUGGGGGUGAGGGGAGAUCUCUGCUUCCUGGAACCAGCCAUGGAGGGUACCCUUAUCGCAGAAGCUUCAGAGGGAGACCCCCAGCCAGUGCCUGCUCGUGACAAACAGAUUAGGCGACGAAAAAUCAUGAUCUACAGGCCUUCCCCUGAGGAGCAAGGAUCCCCCAUUCUCUGCCCCAAACCCCAUAAGCAGGGCGGGAUGCCUUCCUUCCAAUGUGGGGAGGCAGACAGGUCACCCAGCAAAAGACAACGCCUGCAGCAGGGGCUGCCCCCUGUGGUGGAGAGCAAUGAGGAAGCUUGUGGAAGAGUGGGGAAGAGCCUGUGGCACAUGGCGUCUCCGAUGGAGAAGAAACAGCGGAGGGUGCUGGCUGUGGAUCUGGAGGACUUCUCCACAACUCAAGUGCUUGAAGCCCCACAAGGGUGCUCACCUCUGCCGAGAUCAUCUGUGUCCCCCUGUGCAAAUCCCCUCCUGUCAACAAAUAUGAAUGAAGGUGGAGUCACCUGGCUGGCAGAGGGUCAAAGCAGCACUGUCUCCAGAUCGUCUCCCCCUAAGGGGCACUCCCCACCCUGUCAAGGGCCUCGGGAGAGGCUGGCUCAUGGUUGCCAGCAGCUGUGGGCCCAGAGACUUCCUCCCCUUCAAGACCACAAGUCAGAGCACCUACAAGCCAAGAGGCAACGCCUGCAGACGGCGGCACCCCUAGCAAAUGACAGCGAGGGGGUGAAGGCAUCCUCUCUGGAGAACGCCCGACGAAAGAUCCUGGCCAUCAGCGUAGAAGACUGUUCCUUGAGCACAGCAACGGAUGACGGUGCUGGCAAGGAGCCACUGGAGACCUUGCUGUCCCCCUGUAGUAGCGAUCAAGUGAAAUUGCCUCACGAAAUGCCUGCUCUCAAGGUGGAAAAGUCCGUCCUUUCUGAUAAACAUGAGAAAUGUCAACAGACAGAUGCACCUUCUAGAACAACUGAACCUCUCUCCUACUGGCCACCUUCAGCUUCAACUCUCUUGCGUCCAUCUGUGGUCCCCCGUUUCCGGCACUGGGGCCUGGUCCCUGUCUUCCAGAGCAUGCGGUCCAAGCUGGAGGCUUUCGCUGACAUCUUUCUUAGUCCCUCUAAGCCCUCCCUCCUGUCCACUGAGGGGACUCUCUCCCUACCACCAUGCCCCCAGGAGACCGAGGACCAGGUGUCAGCCCAGCCAGGAGCUCCACGCCAACGAGUCAACAUUGAAGUCAAAAUUGCAAUUUCAGAGCCGCGCCCCCGGAAGAGGACUUGCCACCAUGAAGAAGAAGAAGAGGAGGAGGAGGAGGUGGCAGCGGCAGCAAGCAGCCUGGUGGUGAGCGGACGGCCACCAAUCCGCCAGUGGCGCCUGAAUGAAGGGGAUCCGGCUCCCCAGCCCCGCCUUGGACGUAGCUACUCCUGUCCAGAUUUUCCGGGGGCCCGUUCUUGGCGAUCUUCCUCUACAUCUCCUUCCCUCUCAGCACAGCUGCGACAGCGCCGGCACACUGUGUGCAGCCUGGAGGUAUCCCGAGAGUUGGGCUGUCCCACCUUGCCCUGCCUACGCAAGGAGGUGUAUCCCUUCAGUUCGCCCCCUGUGCGCCUCUUGGUUGGUCCCUCUGUGCACACUCCCCACAGUGAUGGUUCCUCCUACUCCUCCCCUGUGCCUUCCUGCUGCCUUGAAUCUGACCCAGUUCGUUCCAGAGACCUCUCCCCUUCUCUCGAUGGUGGACAGCGAGUACCUGAGUCUGGCCUGAAUGCGGCUGACUCGGAGAUACUUGCAUCAGAGCAGAUUAUGCUUUCAGAGUCUGAGAUGAAGGAUUCCCAAGAGAUCACAGUAGGGAAGGUUUCCUCCAUAAGGAUCCGCAGGACGCCUGUCAGGCAGCACGUUAACCUCACCCCCAUGGGGCUUCCCCGGCCUGUCAGGCUGAACAAGAAGGAAUUCAGCUUAGAGGAGAUCUACACAAACAAGAACUACCGCACGCCCACAGAGAAAAGAUCAUUUGAGACUAUCUUUGAGGUGCCGCUGGAACGCAAUGGAGCGCUCAUUUUCACCAGCCAACGCAAGCUGAAAAGAGCCAUGGAGUUCCAGGAGGGGGGCCUUCCCCGCAAACCACGCAAAGCCCGUUCCCGAGGAGGGCGCAGAGCAGGGGGACGGAGGGCUCAGCCUCAGCCACCUGAACUGGAAAGGAUGUUGCAGCAGCGGCUGGCAGAGCUGGAUGCCUUAUUUGAGGAAGAAGAGCACUGAGCUGAACAGAGCUUGCAUCUGUAAAGAAGAAAGGGUAGCCUAGAAUCCUUUGCACUCCUGUUUCCCCACCCCCCCAGAAGUACCUGCUUCUCUGAACUAGCUGAGUGUCUUUCAAAUGGCUGUCACCACUCCAGACUUCACCUGUGGUCAUCUUUGUUCUCUAAGCCCAGUCAUCCUGAAAGCUGGUCUUCUGUUACUGCUGUCUCAUCCUCUGUGGAUCCUUCGAUCAGACUGCAAACAUGGACACUGUAUGAAAACUGAGUCACUCAGUGCCACCAGAUCAGUCAUCAAGCUGCCUGCUUUGGCACCGUAUCUCAGAUCUUUGGUUCACAAGUGCAAGAGGAAGAAUGUUUGGGGUGUCCGGAGGCUGCCCCUUCUCUGUGCUCGUUCUACGCACAAUUGGGCCACUGGUGCCUUGCAUUGCUGGGUGGGUUGGUAGUAAGAUUUUUUUCCGUCCAGUGCCCUAUAUCAUUGUGUCAUCUGCCAGAAUGUGAUGUGCCUGACCAGAUGGGGAACAAAUUACCCAUUCUGGGUUUUCAUCUCCCCCCAAACAAUUUUCAGGCCUGUAGGUUGGAAAGGACAAAGGAAGCAGGCUUAUUAUGAGACAGAAGAUGAAAUGGACAAAAGGAAGAGUUGCUAAAAGUUGAGAAAAGGGGCAUAUAUCCAUGCCGGGUGGCAAAGCUUACAGGCCACAAACAGUUGAGAAUCUUGCAGAAUUGGUUUGGGUCUUCACUCAGGAGCAGAGCCUCAGUACUCCCAGUUCAUGUUGACUUUCUGGGAAGAUAUGUGCAGUUAGGCAUGAGGUUUUUUUGUUUGCAUUUUUGUAUUAAUCUAUAUUUCUAAUAAACAUU